AUGGAGUUCAACGCACCGCCCAAGCCGCGCGCCGGCUUCUUGCAGGAAGUGCUGGACCCCCAAGGGCAGCACAAAGACAAGGACCACAAGCAUACCCCCCUUUGUCGCCCCACCGGCCAGAUCGAAGAUGCGUGUGCGGACUACGAGAGUGUCGAGCAGCUCAACGAUGCGUACAUGUUCCAAAAACUCGACGCGCUGCGUCGGACGAAAUACUUUCGCUACUUUUUGGUGGAUUUGUUCAAGGACUGCCCCUUUUGGGUAGACGAUGGCCUGUGCAUGAACCGUGCGUGUGCCGUGGAAAAAAUGGACGAGACAGAUGUGCCUGAGGAACUGCGUGCUUCGCGUCUUGGCGCGGUGCACCGCUCGCACGACGAUACGCACGAAGGGCGUGCGCAAGGCGGCGAUGACAUCAACUUUUGUCAUUUGGACGACGAGGACGCGUCGCCCGACGCCGUCUACGUCGACCUGCUUAAGAAUCCCGAGCGGUUUACCGGCUAUGCUGGCCCCAGUGCCAACCGUGUCUGGCGGAGUAUUUACGAGGAAAACUGCUUUGGCGGUAUCCAGUUUACCGAGCCCCCCCGCGCCACGUCGCUGGGCGGCUCGGGCUUUGUGACGCCAAAGCAACUCAAGUCCGGCAAGGCGAUCCCCCCCUCGCUCCUGUCGCCCGCCUCGACGCCCUUCCGCCCCGGCGGUCUCGAGUCGCUGAUCGACUCGGUGCAAGCACCGAUGGACCCCGGCAGCACCGAGCAGUGUCUCGAGAAGCGUGUCUUUUACCGCGUGAUUUCCGGUCUGCAUGCCUCCAUCUCCAUCCAUAUCUGCAACGAGUAUUUGGACCCCGAGACGAAAGAGUGGGCGCCUAAUCUCGAGUGCUUUGUGACGCGCAUCUCGCAGCACCCCGAGCGUCUGCAGAACGUCUACUUUGACUAUGUCCUGCUGAUGCGUGCGCUGUCCAAGGCCGGCGAGUACCUGGACAAGUUUGACCUGCGUGCCGGCGACGAGAUUCGCGACCAAGAUACCCGGAAGCAGCUGCACGAGCUGCUCAAGUUUGCCGGUGCGAACCGGCCAUCGUUUGACGAGCACCAGCUCUUUACGAUGACCAAUGACCCUGCGCACAACAUGCAGAUCAUGGCGCUCAAGGAAGACUUCCGUGGCCACUUUAUGAACAUUUCGCGCAUUAUGGACUGCGUGGGAUGCGACAAGUGCCGCCUGUGGGGCAAGCUGCAGGUGACUGGCAUCGGCACGGCGCUCAAGCUGCUCUUUGCCUUUGAGGAGGACAAGUCUGAGCAGCACGUCUCGCUGCGCCGCAGUGAACUGGUCGCAUUGAUCAACACCGCGCACCGCUUCUCGGAGAGCAUCCAGGCGAUCGAGACGUUCCGCAAGCUGUACCAAAAGUCGCUCGGUGAGGAGGUAGGCGAGACGCCUGCGCCCCCGCCCCCACCAAAGCAUGUGCUCGCUGAUCUAUAUCACUAUGGGCGCGUAUCACUGCACAAGCUGCGCGACUUUUUUGCACCGGUGUGGGACACACUCGUCGCGUUCCUCGACCUCGACGACCCUGCCGACGAGCUAUAG